GGUCAGAAACGUCAAAAGUAAACUGUACACAUGUUUGAUGUUCCUAUUUCACGACGUAAAUUUAGCCGAGUUUGGCUAAUUUUAACUGUACAAUGGAUAGAAUUUUAAGAGGUAUUAUGAGAUAUCGUGUUUUAGACAGAGCAACUAUGGUCAAACAGUUUCAACAAGUUCGCGACAAUCCUGUGCCAAAAGCCAUCUUUUAUACUUGUAUGGACAGUAGAAUGAUUCCUACAAGGUUUACGGAAACUUCUGUCGGAGAUAUGUUUGUUGUAAGAAAUGCCGGAAAUCUCAUCCCUCAUUCUCAACAUUUUGUGGAUGAAAUGACAAGUUGUGAACCUGCGGGCUUAGAACUUAGUUGUAUUAUAAAUGAUAUCAAACAUGUAAUCGUUUGUGGUCACAGUGACUGUAAGGCUAUGAAUCUUCUUUACAAAUUAAAAAGUGAAAAAGAAUCAAGUCAGGAACAACGUAGAAUCUCACCACUAAAAUCCUGGCUUUGUACACAUGGAAAAUCAAGUUUAAAAAAAUUCUUAGAUGUAAAAGAGAAUCUUGAUAAACCUAUUUUAUUUUCUGCUGAGACACCGCAACGAAAAUUUGUAGCAUAUAUUGAUCCAGAAAACAAAUUUUGUAUUGAAGAUAAAUUAUCCCAGGUCAAUACCCUGCAACAGCUACAAAACAUAGCAUCUUAUGGAAUGUUAAAGAAGCGAUUAGAAAAACAUGAUCUGCACAUACAUGCCUUAUGGUUUGAUAUCUAUACAGGAGAUAUUUAUUAUUUUAGUAGACGAGCUAAACGUUUUCUUAUUAUUGAUGAAUCGAGCUAUGAAAUUAUUUUAGGGGAAAUUCGAAGAUAUUAUUCUUAAUAUAAGUGUAGUUAUGAGGAGUAGUGGUCGCCCAGUGGUCGAAAUUCGACCGUAAUUAAUUAAUAUAUAAUUUUAUACGUUAGUGAGGUUCUGUUAUCAAUGACUAAAUAAAAUAUUAUUGUAUUUCUAUAAUACUUAAUAAACAAAAGAGUAUAUACCUAUUCGUGUGUGUCUCAAAUACAUGAUGGUUGCAAUGUUUUUUUUAUUGAGUUAAUGUAUUUUUAUGCAUUAAUUUUAAAUAAUAUUAGCACUCUGCACUCCUCUAUUUACUAUAAGUGUGUGAUAUUUUAUACUAUUUCGUCCGCGCAAUUUUCGUAAAAAAGGGGUACAAAGAUUUUGUUUCGCGUAUUACGCAGUAUAUAUAUACUUGUAGAUUGGAGCAUUUGGAGCUUAGUGCGAAAACAAACAUUUCAUAAAAAACAAAUGGGACCAAAUUGAUUAUUAUAAUUAUUUAUAAGGUAACCCAACAGAAUAAACAAAAUAGUAAAUGAAAGUUAGUGCAUGUGAGACAAAUAUGGGCAAGUGUAGGCGAUUACGAAUUAAAGUAAAAAAUUACAAAUACCAAGGAAGAUAUUAAAAUAAUUUUAUAAAUCUUUUAUUAUACUUUUUUACAUUUUUUUUACAUCCAAAAAUACUGUAUUUUUUACCAUUAUGUUAAUAUUGUAUUUAUAUAAGCGUACUUAGAUAUUAGAAACUGAUAUUUUAUUUGACUUAAGAUAAAAUAACUGAAAUAUAAAAUAAAUAAUUGUAGUGUGUUUUUUCGAGAAAAGUCAUAUUAAAUGAAAUGUUUCUUUUUUUUUUUGUAUAAGCAAAAAAACAUUAACACGUUUUAAACCUUAUUAUGUAAUAAUUAAAUCAGAAAAUAAUAAAAAUGGAUUUUUGGCAAAA